GGCUUUUGAAGUGCUAACCUAGCACCUGUGUUUACUUAACACCUGCCAUUCUCUAGACAGCCUUCUCAUUGCCUCUGCUAAAGGAUUUCCCCUUCAGAAUCAGCAGCUAAAUGAGAUCAUGAUUUUGGAAGGAACUGGCAGAAUGAGUAUCAAUUCCAGCAGCAAUCUACUUCACCAGCAGCCUUCCUGGACAGAUGGAUAUCCCACAUGUAAUGUGCCUGGCAGUUUCUAUGGAACUCAGUGGCAUGAGAUACACCCUCAAUACUGGACCAAGUACCAGGUGUGGGAGUGGCUACAGCAUUUCCUGGAUACCAACCAGCUGGAUGCCAACUGCAUACCUUUCCAGGACUUUGACAUCGAUGGCGAACAUCUGUGCAGCAUGACUUUGCAUGAAUUCACCCACGCAGCUGGGACAGCCGGCCAACUUCUUUACAGCAACCUUCAGCACCUAAAAUGGAAUGGUCAGUGUGGCAGUGAAAUGUACCCGUCACAUAAUGUCGUUGUAAAAACAGAACAAACAGAUCCAUCCUUAAUGGCCUCCUGGAAAGAAGAGAAUUAUUUGUAUGACAGUGGUUAUGGUAGCACAGUAGAGUUAUUGGACAGUAAAACUUUCUGUCGCGCACAGAUUUCCACGACUACUACCAGUCACCAGCCUCUUGAGUUUUCAGAUGAGAAAAAAACACAAGAUCAUCCUCCAAAGUCCCACACCAAGAAGCACAAUCCUCGAGGAACUCACCUCUGGGAAUUUAUCAGAGAUAUUCUCCUGAAUUCAGAGAAGAACCCAGGAUUAAUAAAGUGGGAAGACCGGUCUGAAGGUGUCUUCAGGUUCUUAAAAUCUGAGGCGGUGGCUCAGCUCUGGGGAAAGAAGAAAAACAAUAGCAGCAUGACUUAUGAAAAACUCAGCCGGGCCAUGAGAUACUAUUAUAAAAGAGAAAUACUGGAGCGUGUGGAUGGCCGAAGAUUAGUCUAUAAAUUUGGGAAGAAUGCCCGUGGCUGGAGAGAAAAUGAGAAUUGAAGAUGUCAGCAAAAACAGCAGCAAAAUCUUCUGGACGUAAAUAUUUCAAAGACUGUUCUCUUCUAUUUAUGUACCAAAAUGGGGGGGAAAAACCCUACUUCUAACAGGAAGAAGGAACACUAUCAUUGGUGUCAAAAUUAUUUUAGUUGAAGUAUGUCCUGUAUGGGGAAAAAAUGUACACAGUUUUCUGUGAUAUAUGGUAACAUAUGAUUGUGAUUAAUUUUCCCAUCUUGUGAAGUUUUUUUUAUAUAGUGCAGGAGUAAUGUGAUUUAUGACAAUGCUGUGAGUCAUGCAAGUAAAGGCGGGAAUCAUGGGGCAUUAUGUAUUUUUAUGAGUAAAAGAAUUUAAAAUAAGGCAGCCUGCUUUCUGCACAUGAGAAAAAUAAUGAGUUCCAAUGUUGCUUAUCUUUGAAAGAGGACUCAAGGGCAAUUGUUCAGUUCAGAUCAUAUUAUUUCAACUAUGGAUACCUGUGGAGUAUGAAGUCACAUACGACUGCAUGCAUGAGGCUGAAAAGCAUCUGCCUCAAGUAGCUAUCCCACAACAGUUGCACAUGCGGGAGCAUGUUAGUACACUUAGGAAGUGAACUUUGAGUGGAUAAAACAGUAAGCAUCUCUGAGCCAUGCGGUUGUUUUAAUAGAUUCCUAGGCCAGAAGGGACCUCCAGUAUAACACAGGCCAUAAAACUUCCCCAAAAUAAUUCUUAGAGCAGAUCUUUUAGAGAAAUAUCCAAUCUUGAUUUAAAAAU